UUUUCGUGGACGUGAUUUCCACUUUCCAAGACAUCGCCUUUACUUACCCAAGCUUCUCAAUUUUCUUCACUGCAACUUCCGCUAUUGGGUCCUCUCACUUGAUGACCACGACUUCCUUCCUUGCAAAGGUCGUUCUCUUCAUAUUUGAAUUUCCUCAUCUGCUCCUUCACUUAAAUCGCUUCCUCAAGUGUUUCAGCUCUCACAGAGACUUGAGGAUGCCUCGACCGGCCAGGCGCAACCAAGCUGCACCUUCUGCUAGCCAUUCCAUUACCAACUUCACCCGUGUCUCGAAAGCUUGUACCCCAAACGAUACUGCUAAGAAGAUUGUCGCCCAGCCUGCAUCUUCGGUAAUCACUAGGAAACGCAAAGCGGCCACAGAUGGAGAAGAUGCCCAUCCGAGAACUAAGGCUCGGACUGCAUCUUUUGCACCCAGCAGUGACGAUGAACUUGCCACGCCUAUAAAGCUCGUAUCAAAGAACCAGGAACUGGCUGCGGACCGGGCUGCGAAGAAUGUGCCGAAAGGGAAGCGAACUGCGAAGGCAACUCCCUCAAGGGCGAGAGCUGCCCACAAGCCCAUAGGGACCACACCUCUUUCCGAGAGCAAGAGGCAAGGAAAGACAGUGCAAACCAAGCUCGACAAUGUAUUCAAAACGCUGCGCAAGCAGACGGUCGACAAGGAUGCACUUCCUCUCCAUCUUGCCGAGCUCGUUGACAUACAUCGGUCGUUUGUCAAGACAAUUAUGAUCCAGUUGGCUCACAACGGUAACAAUUCACCUAUCGACAUACGCACACUUGCGCCACAUAUUUCUCAAUCGUGGGGUAAACGCCAGGUCACUAUCGAGGAUAUUCGACGAUGUAUCGCUAUACAAACUUCGACAAAAACCAACACUCAUUCACCAUUCAUGAUUGCCGACUAUGGCCGGGGAAAGAUAUGUGUUGAGCGCUCUUCUGUCGACAUGGCACCAAUCCAUGAAGAGCGUUUGCUGAAACAAUUUGAAAUCAAUUUGAGAACAUUAGGCACCGAACGCUCCGCCGAUGAAAUGGACAUUGACCUUCCGUUGGAUAGUCUCUCACUGAACGAGCUUCCCCAAGUGGAGAUAAAGAACAUGGACAACAGAACAACAGCGAAUCCAAUUCUUAACAAAGGUCAGCGUGCGUUGUCGGAGCUUAAGAGUAGCAUUGUGACGAAGCAGCAUGAGAAGGCAGCAAGACAAAACGCGGCAUCCAGCAGCCCCCUCCUCAACCCAGAUGGCACAAAGAUGAGCCUGCUUGAUCGGCUACGAUUAAAACAAUUAGCUAAAGCCAACGAACCCCUUCCCCCUUCUGGGCCCGAGCUUCAGCGACGUGCAGCCCUCAAUCGCGUGGGCGAUGUUGCAGCAACUAUUUCAAUGCUGAGCCUAUCCAACCCAAUGUCACUGCCACGACAGGCUUUUACGAUGGCAGUUAUACUUGAGAAGCUCAAAGACUCUCUCCGGGUUCCGGUAUCGAAGGAGGAGGGGGCAGCUUGCGUGCGUUUGAUUGCCAGCGAGGUCGCCCCGGAGUGGCUUCGAGUCGUUACAAUCGGAGGCAGAGAAAACGUGGUUGUGCAGCGUAGCAGCCAACCCGUUGAUAGAGUGCUACAGAGUCGUGUACAGAAGCUGUUGGCCUAGGAACAACGACAGAGGAACUAUGGUGCGCAUGUUUAGAUAUGAGAAUACCCUGGGGAGGCAUUGCUUUCCGGUGAGACUACUGGACAAACAUAUACACAAGCAUUGGGAGGAGUUGGCGUUCUAGCAUCUGAUUCUAUGACAGAACUUGUAUUACAACUUGGCGUUUGCUUGUAGGCGCCGCAAUAAGAAACAAAAUUAAAAAGAGAUUUGAUCCGUAA